AUGAAGGAGUUUACUCUUGAACAAGUUGCUCAGCAUAACAAAGAUGGGGAUCUGUUCAUUGUAGUCGAUGCUAAAGUCUAUAACCUGUCAAGGUUUGCAGGCUUACACCCUGGAGGGAAGGCCGUCCUUCUGGACGAUGAUGUUCGCGGAAAGGAUUGCACGGACCUCUUCUAUUCUCUUCAUCGUUCAGAGGUGCUUCUCCGACCUCAAUACGGUCGUCUUCAGGUUGGAGUCGUCAAAGGGAAGACGGAAAAGCUCAGGCCUCUUCCAGCGGGUUCGCUUAGUCCAGUUCCUUACGGAGAACCUCAAUGGCUAGUCAAACCGUUCAAGUCGCCGUAUUAUAAUGAGAGCCACCUCCGACUUCAGAGAGAGAUGAGGAAACUGUGUGAUGAGGUUAUAAUACCAGAAGCCCGGAGAGCCGAGAAAGCAGGGGAGAGAGUCUCACAAGAAGUCUUAAACGAACUUGUGAAACGAAACCUCAUUGCUAUGCGCUUUGGUCCGGGCUCACACCUCAAAGGCCGUAAACUCUUCACCGACAUAGACCCCUCCGCGUAUGACUACUUCCACGAGCUUAUCAUCCACCAAGAAAUAUGCCGAUGCGGUCUUCGCGGGUUCAUAAAUGGCCUCUCCUCCGGCGCUUUGAUAGGUCUUCCACCGGUGCUUCAUUUCUCCAAUGACAAAGAGUUAGGAGAGAAAGUGACGAACGAGGUUUUCGAAGGAAAGAAGUGGCUUUGUUUGGCUAUUUCGGAAGCGUUUGCGGGUAGUGAUGUUGCCGGAAUCAAGUGUACGGCCAGGAAGAGCGAGGAUGGAAAGUUUUGGAUCGUAAAUGGAACGAAGAAAUGGAUUACGAAUGGGAUGUUCUCAGAUUACUUCACGAAAGGAUUCACGAUGCUGCUCAUUCCUCGCGGGCCGGGAGUCAGUACGACGUAUAUCAAGACAUCUUACUCCUCUGCUUCCGGAACAGCAUAUGUCACGUUCGACAAUGUGCGCGUACCAAUCAAUCACACGCUCGGCGAAGUAGAUCAGGGGUUUAAGAUCAUCAUGUCCAAUUUCAAUCACGAGCGGUGGAUUGUCAUUGUUUUUUGUGUGCAGUUGAUGCGAAACGUCGUUGAUGAGACUUUGAAGUGGGCGUCACAGCGCAUCGUCUUUGGCAAACCCCUUAUUGAGCAGGCGGUUGUUCGCCACAAGAUUGCGCAUAUGAUCAGCGGCGUUGAGUCGUCCCAAACUUGGUUGGAACAUAUAACCUAUCAAAUGAACCACAUGUCAUACGCGGAACAAGCGAAGCAUCUUGCUGGGCCUAUGGCAUUAUUGAAGCAGAAUACGACAAAAUUUGCGCAGGAUAUUGCCCGUGAUGCUACCCAGAUAUUUGGCGGCCGAGCGAUCACGCAAAGUGGCUUGGGGGAUCUCAUCGAGGAGUUCCAUCGAACCACUCCGUUUGAUGCAAUAUUGGGUGGCGCAGAAGACGUCAUGGCAGAUUUAGGCGUCCGUCAGGCUCAGAAGUUCAUUCCGAAGAAUGUUAGACUCUAG